AGCAAGACUGCAAUUAGAACCAGCACGCCACAACCGUCUACAGGUCAUAUCCUCAUAUUCCCAUACCCUCAUACCCUCAUUCUAGGUGCUUACAAACCACCUGUGUCGAUGCAAUUGUCUGCGAAUAUUCUUGAAGUCGCGUGAUUCACCCUUCUCGCAACAGUUCCGAUGUCGACGCGUGCUCUGCGGAAGCUGCAAAAGCAGCGCGAGCAGGAAGCACUGCAUGCUGUGCUACAUGAGGAUGAGGGAGAAGAGGAAUCCAGUGAAGAGGAGGUUGAGAAGCAGCCGUCGAAACCAAAGUUCAAUGCAUUUGACCUGCUAAAUGCGGGGGAAGACGAAGACGAAGAAUCGGACGAAGCUCCCUUGGAGACAGCACCUCUGCCCUCAGAACCAAAGCCAGUCUCGAUUUCAUCAACUGCCUCUAAGAAGAAGAACAAGAAGAAGAAGAAAAAGAAGGCCGCCAAGCCAACCGAAGACAACCGCCCUGGAUCCGAUGACACAGAACUAGACGAGAUUGAUAAAGCUUUGAAAGAACUGUCAGCUGGGCAGAACCCCUCAACUACUGCAGAUGAGGGUGCCGCUCGGCUCGAUAAUGCACAGCAGACGCCAUUCCCAAAGACGGCCGACGAACUCCUUUCGAUCGAACCUAAAUUUCUGAAUGCCGUGAAUGAGAUGCGCAAGUUGUUCGGAAAUGUCGCGCUCGAAUCCUUUGACCAGCCAUCAGGUGCUGGUACUGGUCGACGAAGAGAUAGGAACCGAGAAAUGGUUGACUUGGGACGCGCCCUGACAGGCGCUUACAGCCCAGCUAGCAGAGGUCAGAGUCUGGCAGGAGUGGCACUGCGGAGAAAUGUCCUCAUGCAAGGUAAAGACGAGUGGCCACGAGCCCCAAGCGGAGGCUUAGGCAUGGAGGUCGUGGAGAAACUGCCAACCGGUGCUACUGUCUACAAAAUACUCCAUAACCCCGGAUAUGAGGAUGUACAGAGGCAGUUCGAUAUGUGUGUGGAAUCCAUGGACCCGCAGAGAUUGAUUCAUCUUCUACAGUACAAUCCCUACCACAUUUCGACUCUUCUUCAAGUCUCGGAUAUCGCCAAGCACCAAGGUGAUCACGCUGUCUCUGCGGACUUACUCGAGCGAGCACUCUUCAACAUCGGACGGUCCGCCCAUUCGUCUUUCGGGAACCAGCUGAAAGAAGGAAAAGCAAGACUCGAAUUCAAGCACGCUGCAAAUCGUGAGCUCUGGCUGGUCGGUUGGAGAUAUAUUGCGAACCUCGGAAUGAAGGGCACUUGGCGAACGGCAUAUGAGUGGGCUAAAUUACUGCUCAGCCUCGACUUGGAUGAUCCAUAUUGUGUCAACCUUGUAAUUGAUCAUUUGGCCCUUCGAGGUCGACAAUAUGAACAUUUCAUCGAAUUGUGCACACAGACGUUGUUCAGCAGGCGCUGGGAGCAGUUCCCGAAUAUUCAGUGUUCUCUUGCUCUGGCUUACCUUCGUCAUGACAAACCAAAAGAAUGCCGGGAGCAACUUCGCCUGGCAAUGUUACGGUACCCAUGGGUGUUCUGCAAGUUGGCGCAGGAACUCGAUGUCCAGCCAAUGCCGAAACGUAUCUGGGGCAAAAUGCCUCCUACGCAGUCACAAGAGCUUCUCUGUGAGCUCUAUAUGGCCCGUGCCAAGGAUCUCUGGAAUACACCGGAGGCCAUCUCCCUUAUUGUUGAAGUGGCAGAUACUCUUCCCGAGAAGGAAGAACCUGUCGAGCCACCAGAGAUCACACUGGACAUUGCACGUCACGUGGUUCUCUCCGACGUCCCCAGUGUAACGACACAUUUGCCGGGGCGAUUUCUAUCUGGACGCAUCUCCGCCUCUGACCCUCUGCCGCCGUACGAUUCUGAAGCUUUCCGCCAGCAAUCCGAUCCGACGCCAUCGUACCUCGCUCAGACCGCCGAGCUAGGGCGUCCGCAAUGGCUACGCGACUUAAUGGAUCAGCUAAACAAUGGAAUGCUUCACUUCCCGCGAUUCCGACGGGAUGGUGACGAGGAGCUGACUGAAGAGGACGUUCCUCCUGGUGAUCCCACGGAACUCGAAGACUCCGAGCAGCGCCCAUCUAGUGAAAACCAACCUCUACUGAGACAGUGGCUGCUUGGUCCCGGACUGGAGAACCUACAGGGUUUCCUCCGUCAGCACGGCGUUGACCGGGGGAAUUGGGGCGAUGCAAUCGGUUUCUCGCCGUUAAUCGACUACGUAGAAGCGCUCAGCGCUAUUGAACCGGAAUCUGCCAGAGACGGCUUGCUUCACGGUCCUGUGCGAGAAGCCGUGGGAGACAUAGUUGUUGAGAUGCUCGAGGAUGAACUACGGCUGCAGGAUGACGAGCUCAACGACGCCGACGGCCCCUCUCCUUGAGUGGGCAAGUUGCGCUUGGAACAUGAACUGAGAUGACUGCAUGUAAAAUAUAUAUAUCGGGAAGCCCAACUAAAAUUAUUGAUAGAGA